AAAAAAACAAAAAUCCUACAAACCCCUUGGUCUCUCUAACUAUACCACCAUCAUACUUGUUCGAUUACAUCUCCUCCAUUUCCGUGUACCAAUCUUUCACUCCGCUUACCACAACUUACAACGCUCCUAUCAAAAACCAGGUCGGUGAUUGUUUUUUUCAUUGAACCGGUUCAUUUCAACCCCAAAUAAUGUCGGCUCUGUUACCUUGCACGCCGACUAUACUCUCUGCUCCGUUCGGAAACCGGAGCAGAACCAAUCAUCUUCCCCUUCGACCUCACUCCCACGCCCUCCCAGGCUCGACCAAACGCUUUCUUCGUGGUUCUCUUUCCGUUACCCGUUUCGGUUUUCAUCCCGGUUUUUUACCCGAGCCGGAAGAUGCUGAAUUCGUUCUCAGGGAAUUGUUUAACCGAGCAGAGGGUUUUCUUUACACAAUUGCAGAUGCUGCUGUUUCGUCUUCUGAUAUAGCGAUAACAACUACCACAGCGAAACAGAAUAAUGAUUGGUUUUCUGGAAUUACCAAUUACAUGGAAAUUAUUCUCAAGGUACUCAAGGACGGGCUUUCUACUUUGCAUGUGCCGUAUGCUUAUGGUUUUGCAAUUAUAAUGCUCACUAUUCUUGUAAAAGUUGCCACGUUUCCGUUGACAAGAAAACAGGUAGAAUCUGCCAUGGCUAUGCGAUCUUUGCAACCUCAAGUAAAGGCUAUCCAGAAACAGUAUGCCAGGGAUCAGGAGAGAAUUCAACUUGAAACUGCCCGGUUAUAUACAUUAGCCAACAUUAAUCCUCUAGCAGGAUGCCUGCCUGUUCUCUUAACAACACCAGUGUGGAUCGGGCUAUAUCGAGCCUUUUCUAAUGUGGCUGAUGAGGGACUCCUUAAUGAAGGCUUCUUUUGGAUACCUUCUCUUUCUGGUCCAACUACAAUUGCAGCUCGGCAAAACGGAAGUGCUAUCUCAUGGCUUUUUCCUUUUGUGGAUGGUCACCCUCCCCUUGGAUGGCCAGAUACAUUGGCUUACCUUGUCUUGCCUGUUUUGCUGGUUGUCUCUCAAUACAUUUCUCUCCAGAUAAUGCAGUCAUCACAGGCUACUGGUCCCAAUGCGAAGAGUUCUCAAGUCUUAAACAAGGUCCUUCCGUUAGUGAUUGGUUAUUUUGCUCUUUCAGUUCCUUCAGGUCUUAGCCUUUACUGGUUCACAAAUAAUAUAUUGAGCACUUUACAGCAAAUAUGGCUUCAAAAGUUAGGAGGUGCGAAAAAUCCUUUGAGACAAGUUCUUGAUGAUAAUGUGAAAAAUGUAGACCUAAUGCAGGUUCAAAAGUCAGUAUCGAAUCUAAAUUCCACAAAAAUUGAAGAAGCUAGAAAAGAUUCAAAAUUGACAUCAGAAGGGCCACGACCUGGUGACAAAUUUAAGCAAUUAAUGGAGCAAGAGGCAAAAAAGAAACAGCAGAGAGAAGAAGAAAAAAGGAAGGCCGAGGAAGCAGCAGCUAAAGCUAAUAAUCACGAACAAACAGUUGAAGGAGGAAACCAAGUUGUAAACGACUUAGUUAAAAAUUCCCAAUCUGUGGCUGAUGAUACUGAUCCAUCUAUAUCUGGAGUAAUAAAUGGUAAUGGUAAGGACUUGGAGGGAAAUCAGAAUUCUACAUCUACAUCUGAUACUGCAAAUGAUGAAGGUUCUGCUCAUUUGAAUGCAGUAAACAAGAAAAAUCUAGAAAAGGAAUCAAGAGAAGUAUUGUCAACCAGAGUUACUACAAACAAGCAAGCUCAUGGAGAAGACUCAGAUCGCGUGUCAAAGGAUUGAUCAAUUAGAGAACUUAGAAAUUCAGCUGCUGUAUGAUUGGCUGGUCAAGCUGUCAUCUAUUGGCCAUGUUUUAGCAAUAAAAAUAGAAAUGCGACGUCCCAUGCGAUUUGAGGCCUAUCUGGUUAACACUGUACAUUCCCACAUAAAUGAUGGAAUGAAUGAGAUUCGAGGUUUUCUACAUUGGCCGGUCGGCAGGGGUUGAGUUUAAUUUAGAUUUGAUGGCUGACAUGCAGCUUUGUAGGCUGAGUUUGUAUUAUAUUUUUUUUUCACAUCAAUUUUCACUAUCUAGUUAAUAAAUAAGGACAAUACCCUUUACAGCCUGCUUGUCAUAUUCGAUGCUAUUUUUGUGUGUUGCUAUACGAUGGAUCAAUAAACUCUGGCCGAUGUAUAUGCUGUGACUGGAAUACCAUUAUUCGAGAACUUCCCAUAA